UCUCCAUCCCCGCAUAAUCUCCCUUUUGUUUUCUUCCUGACGAUUUAACCUAUAAUAAUGGCAACGUCACUCUCCACUUGUUUCCACCCAAUCACCAUCCUCCCUACACCAUCAUCCAAUAUCCGAGUUAGCCGGUUAAAACCACCGGCCGCAGGGGGGUCCACCAAGUGGUGGGCUCCACUCUUCGGUGUCUCAUCAGAUCCAGACUACAUUCACAAUCCAGCAACCGAAUCGGUAACCGGAAAACCAGAUCUGGAUAAAACCAGAUCACGGUUUGCUCCGGGAUGCUUUACGGAGGAAAAAGCGAAACAGAUGCGGAUGAAGACUAUUGAAAUGGCUAAUUUCCAUGACCUUAUGUACCAUUCUGCUAUUGCGUCUAGACUUGCUUCCGAUGUCUCUGGCCGCUGAACAAUUUGUCGACUUUGAUAAUUAAUUAAUUAAUUAGUUAGAUAUUAUUAUAUGUUUGUAUUUGGGAGUUGAGUCCAGCACAAUUUAUUAACCGAUUUCGUAGUUCCUGGUAGGAAGGAAGCACCAUUAUUGUUUGGAUAAAUAAUAUAGAUGAUGGUUGAUGUUAGAUCCAUGUUUUGAAUCAUCACAUCUUUUAUGAUAACAAAGCAAAUAACAUAACGAUGAAUUUUCCGGCUA